UUGUAGGACUUGGUCACUGCUUCGCCUACACAAGUAGCGGGGCGUGUCGUCGCUUACACGAGAAUGGUCCUCCCGCAGUAUCGUACGCUUCUGAGGAUGGAUGCAUGCAUAGACGGCGUGCGGAUUGGUGGUACGCGUCCGAUGCAACCUGCAAGCAGCUGCGUGAAUCCGCCAUCCAGUCCAUCAUGCAAGGGCAGCAGCUGCCCUGGGUGCGUUGCGUGGUGGGCGAAGGCGCCGUGGGUGCAUCGCUCCUGCCUUUGUUCUGUCUCUUCUUUUAUACCGCUUCACUGGCCAGGGCCUGCAGACAUGUUUUGGCUGCCGUAGUACCGUAGAACUUCCAACCCGUAGCCUUUCAAACCGUACGCCAGUCACCAUGUCGGUGCAGGAUUCAAGUCCAAUCACCAUGCCGUUUGUCGUCGCAGAACACGCCGUGAACGACACAAGACAAACAGAUACAACAACGUCCGCCACGGGAGAGCAGUCUGUCACCUCUCUGCGCAGCGAGUCUGUCCCGGGAGACGGCGCUGGGUGUGCCCUCGCAAAGGCCCUCGACGGACACGCAGAGCGGACGGACGGAGCAAGAGACGAGACCGACGAAAUGGCUGAACGACAUCACCAAGCGGGCUUCAGCGCGGAAGCGUUCGAGAGUUACGAGAAACGGCUGAAUACAAGCCUCAAGCAGCCGGAGCCUGUGCGUCCAAAAUCGGCGGUGUUAACCCCGUCCACUGAGUCGUUUGAUACGGCAGUCGAUCUUGAAAAAGGUCUUUCCGUCUCCGAUGCCAACAAGAACUCGUCCUGGAACCAAGUCGUUCACGGAAAGCACGGAAGUACUGGCACCUUUGACACCCUUGGUACUUUGGCCAGCGAUCCCGACGGCAAUGGCGAGGUUCUCACAGUGCCCGAAAAGCGCCAACACAAGGUCGUGCGCAAUCUCAGACACACAUACUUGAACGUCUACCGAAGGCUUUUCACGGUUGCCUUUAUAGGAAAUAUCAUCCCAAUGAUUGUAUGGCUAGCCCACUUGCGCAACGAGAGCAUCAAUAGCCUCAAUCUCACUGAUCUUGCUACUGCAGCGGCGGUCAAUUUCGCUGUGGCCAUACUUAUCCGGCAAGAUUACAUUGUCAACUUUCUGUACCGGGUCUGCUGGCUGGUUCCACAUUCAACGCCACUUCGUAUAAGACGAAGUCUUGCCAAGGUGUACGAGAACGGUGGCGUGCAUUCUGGCUGUGCGGUCGCUGGUUUUAUAUGGUUCUUGGUACUGACAAUCGUGCUGUCGUUUCAAUUUGCCAACUUUGUCUUGCGUUCGGUCCCGGUGCUCACACUCACGUGUGUUCUGCUGGCAAUGUUGUUCGCGAUCAUAUUGCUUGCAUACCCGAAAUAUCGAUUCUUCUCGCACAACACCUUCGAGUACACCCAUCGCUUUGCAGGGUGGACAGCCAUUGCCAUCUUUUGGGCCGACGCAAUGCUCAUCGUCCACGAGAUCCAGAAGAAGACUGGCCGUUCGUUCGGCCGUGAGUUGGUCCGCCUGCCAGUCUUUUGGAUUUUGAUCAUCAUCACAGCCCACCUUGUUCUCCCGUGGCUGCGGCUCAGAAAAUGGCGUUUCAACGCAGACCAGCUAUCUACUCAUGCAGUUCGACUAGACUUUGAGAAGACGCUGCCACCGCUGAGUGGACUUGCCAUUGCUGAAGCCCCACUUGGUGAAUGGCACCCGUUUGCGACGUAUCCCAGGGAAGGUGGCGGAGGUUCUAUGAUAAUUUCCAACGCGGGCGACUGGACCAAACGCACGAUCCUCGGACCCAAAAGCCAUUAUUGGGUCAAAGGCAUGCCUAAGACGGGCGUUCUCUCUAUGGCGUUCGUCUUCAGGAAAGUGGUCGUUGUGACAACGGGGUCAGGCAUCGGGCCCUGCCUCUCAUUCCUUCUCGAGCCCCGGCGCAAGACCGUGUGCAGAGUGCUCUGGAGCACACCGUCGCCAAUGCAGACGUAUGGCCGGGAGCUGUGUCAACAGGUGCAGUCGUGCGAUCCGGAAGCGAUGAUCAUUGACACAAGACAGAGGAAAGGACGACCCGACAUGGUUGGGUUAACGUACAAAUUGUUCAAGGAGAGCGGUGCAGAGGCGGUGUUUUGCAUCAGUAACCCAAGACUGACGAGAAAGAUUGUGUAUGGCAUGGAGUCGCGGGGUGUGCCGGCGUUUGGUCCUAUAUGGGACUCAUGAGAGUAAGGAGAUGGUACUUACCAAAGACGGUGGAGGUCUACAGGCAGGAUUCAGGUUGUACUCGAAGGUUGCAACAGUCGUUGCUCGGCGGAUGAGACAUCAAAUGACAUACCCUUACGUCUUUGUAAUGUGCAUUUCAUCCUCUCGGUGUAUGCUAGUUUUUAUUUCGGCCUUAACAAGCACGUCUGUAGACGAGCACAUGCCCAACAGCCAUGUGGCCAAUGGAAGGGAUUCAAAACAAAAAAA